AUGAUGCACAGGCCCAUCCGCGUGCACGUGGUGUGGUACGGCAGUGCGUUCACAGAGCGAUUCAAAUCCGCUGUUCGGCUCUUUGUCAGCUCCCUUGCGCCCUCUGCUGACCCUGCUGUCACUGUGCCCCUCUGGUGGAACGUAAACCGCAUGUACUAUGACAGCGACGGGCGCAACGUCACAGCCAACAUCACCCUGGGCCAAGAAGCAACUGUAACCAGCAGCGGUAACCUGACCACCUUUGACGCCACAGUGGACGUGGUACGGCAGGUUUUGGACGCAGGGAAGCUGCCGAUAAGCGCGGACGACAUAUACCUGCUGCUGACCGAUAAGAACACGGUUCAGAGCGGUUCGAAGGAGAACGCUGGGGCCCGUUGGUGCUCUAGCUACUGUGCCUGGCACACGUUCUUUGACUAUAACACCACCACCACUGCUGCUGCUGGUGGUAGCAGCAUACCCAGCAGCAUUGUUGCCAAGAUCGCAUGGGUUGGAGACCCCACCAUCUACUGCCCUGGCUGUGGUCUCACCACCCCUCUGCUCGACUUCUUCCCAUCCCCCAACGGCGAUCCCGUGCACGAGGCAAUCAUCAGCUUCAUUGCCCACGAGAUCGCCGAAACCGCCUCCUCCUGGAACAUGCGCACCUGGCUCGACUCGGGCCUUUUCGAAAACGCCGACAAAUGCCAGACAUGCCCAAUCACCAGCAACACCGCCUAA